AUGGAUGCCACUGUACAGCAGUCAGUGGUAACUCCAAGCCCUUUCCCCUCCACCUGCCUGAGCCCCUCUGCACGGCUGGGAGCGACAGAAAGGGAGACAGCAGCUCACCCAGAGGAGGCGGGGAAAACGGGUCCUGGUCUCGAAAGAGGCAGAGUCAGUAUGGGCAGCAGCAGCCGCUGGCCCCAGGCUGAGGCGCACACGGCGCAGAGGCAGGUGGGAGACGCUCUCCACCAGGAGGAACCACGGAGCAAAUCCAAAAUCUGUGCCAAUGUUUUCUGUGGAGCUGGACGAGAGUGUGCUGUGACAGAAAAGGGAGAGCCAACCUGUCUCUGCAUUGAGCAAUGUAAACCUCACAAGAGGCCCGUGUGCGGUAGCAAUGGCAAGACAUACCUGAACCACUGUGAGCUGCACCGGGAUGCCUGCCUCACUGGCUCCAAGAUCCAGGUGGACUAUGAUGGCCACUGUAAAGAGAAGAAGUCUGAGAAUCCAGCUGCAAGUCCAGUUGUCUGCUACCAGUCGGACAGGGAUGAGCUUCGUCGCCGUGUCAUUCAGUGGCUGGAAGCUGAGAUUAUCCCAGAUGGCUGGUUUUCCAAGGGCAGCAACUACAGCGAAGUCCUGGACAAGUAUUUCAAGAGCUUUGACAAUGGUGAUUCUCGCCUGGACUCCACUGAGUUCCUGAAGUUUGUGGAGCAGAAUGAGACUGCUGUCAACAUCACCACCUACAUGGACCAGGAGACCAACAAGCUGCUCAGGGGACUCUGUGUAGAUGCCCUCAUCGAACUGUCUGAUGAAAAUGCUGACUGGAAACUGAGCUUCAAUGAAUUCCUCAAGUGCCUCAGCCCAUCCUUUAACCCACCAGAGAAAAAGUGUGCUCUGGAAGAUGAAACCUAUGAAGAUGGAGCAGAGACCGAGGUGGAAUGCAACCGCUGCGUCUGUGCCUGUGGGAACUGGGUGUGCACCGCAAUGACAUGCGAGGGGAAGAAUGAGAAGGUCCCUGGUCAGAGACGGCAACCUGAACAAGACCUGACUGAGGAGGAGCUGGCUAGAUAUGUUCAGGAACUGCAGAAGCAUCAGGAGACGGCUGAGAAGACCAAGCGAAUGAGCACCAAGGAGAUGUAAGGGGCCUCCCCACAGGAGGAACCCAGGAGGAAGGGCCCAACCUGCUGCCCUGUCCUCCAGUGCUGAUCUCAGUAUGCACAAGUGUCUGCUACAGUCGCCCAGUCACAGAUAUUUACAUUGUAUAGCGAUGGGUUAUUUGUUUUGUAAUUCACAGAGAAAUGGGACCAGGGAAGGGGAGCACAGCCCACCUGUUCAGGGAGCUUCAUUGCUGGGGCCUUGGAAGGC